UUGACACGUCGGAGCGUAUUGUUAAGCUGCUUUGCUUCCGAUGGUGUGAAACGUAUUUUUUUGACAUUGCAACACAUGCAGUCCGCCCCGACAUGAGCGUGGAUUUGGUGCAGCCGACAUUCAGUGUGAUGGACAGCGGUUUGUUUAUCUGUGUGAAUGUUUAGCGCCAUGCUGCUGUGCACGUCAUUAGGGCUUCUGUCUUUUGUUUUGGCCGCUCGAACGCAGGCGGAUUCAGGUGUUGUGCAGCUGGACGGCGCACCGCCUUCUACCAUCGCUGUUAUUGGUGCUGGAAUCGGCGGAACCGCGACAGCGCAUUUCCUGCGGCAGCAUUUCGGACCGGAAGUGCGCAUUGACGUAUUCGAGAAGCGGGAUGUUGGUGGUCGCUUGGCAACCGUCACUGUUAACAACCAGGCUUACGAAACUGGCGGCUCCAUCAUCCAUUCCCUCAACUUACACAUGCAGGACUUUAUGAAGCAGCUGGGGCUGAAAUAUCGAAAGAGUGUGGCAGGAAAGAUGGCUGUGUUUAAUGGGAAGGAGUUCAUACUGGAAGAGACCGACUGGUACUUGCUGGACCUGUUCCGCCUGUGGUGGCGUUAUGGGAUCAGCUUUAUCCGUAUGCAAAUGUGGGUGGAGGAAAUCAUGGAGAAGUUCAUGAGAAUCUAUAAAUACCAAGCUCAUGGCUAUGCAUUCAGUACAGUGGAUGAGUUGCUAAAUUCCCUGGGUGGUUCAGGAUUUCUCAACAUGACCCGUCGCUCUCUGUCUGAGUCUUUGUUGGAGUUGGGUGUGUCUCAGCGCUUCAUUGAUGAAGUCGUGGCUCCAAUCAUGUGGGUCAAUUACGGCCAGAAUGUCAGUAUGCCGGCGUUUGUUGGUGCCGUUUCACUGGCUGGUGCACAAACCAAUCUGUGGGCAGUUGAAGGAGGAAAUAAAUUAGUUUGCUCUGGACUUCUAAAACUAGCAAAAGCCAACCUAAUCCAUUCUCAAGUUACCACCAUUUCCCUACAGUCAUCAGGUGAAUCCAACCAGUACAAGCUCAGUUACACCACUAAGGAUGAGAUUGCAUCAGAUGUUUAUGACAUAGUUAUCAUAGCCACUCCUCUCCAGCAAAACGUCAACUCUGGAAUCUCUUUCCUCGGCUUUGAACCUCAGUUAUCAGAGAUAUCCGGGUCUUACCACACAAUGGUGGCCUCUGUUAUCCAUGGCUAUCUCAACUGCACAUACUUUGGCUUUUCUGACCCCAAGCUUUUCCCCUUCACAAGUGUGCUGACCACAGAAACCGCUGAUCUCUUCUUCAACAGUGCCUCUAGCAUCUGCCCUGUCAACAUCAGCACUGGCUUUCGUCGUAAACAGCCACAUGAGGCCAGAGUCUAUAAAGUCUUCUCCCCUAAACCACUGGAGAAGGAUGAGCUAAAAACUCUUUUUAAGUCUUAUUACUCUGUGCAGGUCACUGAAUGGAAGGCAUACCCUCGAUAUGGAAGCUCUCAGGAUAUGCCACCUAUGAUCCUACAUGAAAAUCUUUACUACCUCAAUGGAAUCGAAUGGGCAGCGAGUGCCAUGGAGAUGAGCUCUAUGGCUGCAAAGAACAUUGCACUUCUGGCUUACCAUCGCUGGAGCAGGCAGCUUGAGAUGAUUGACCAGAAGGACCUUAUGCACAAGAUCAAGACAGAACUGUGACAAUUGUGACCAACAGUUUUGUUUUUUUUUUUUUUGUAAAAAUCUUGCUGGCACUAUACAGUAUAAAUAACAAUCUAAAAUUGAGGGCUUUGAUUUGAAGCAUAAAGUGACAAGGCUAAAGUGGAAAUAGUGCUGAUUUUCUUUUAUAUAUAUAUUUGUGGUUUGCUUGAGUGAUCGCUAGUUUGAAUAAAGAUUGGUUAUGCUGUACUUUA